AUGGCCUCCGAUGCAUCAUCAUCAUCCUCAUCCUCAUCCUCAGUCUUCGACAUCCAGGAGCACACCAUCCAAGCAUCACACAUCCGAGAAUACCCCCGCGCAACGGCAAAUUCUCAAGACGAUGCCCUCCUGCUGCACGUGAAGCAGUACACCCCUAAACACAGUGGUCCUCCGCGCAAAGGCGACAUCACCAUUAUUGGCGCUCACGCAAAUGGCUUUCCAAAAGAACUAUACGAACCUCUCUAUGAGGAAUUCCUCAAACAGCUAGACAAACAAGGCCUCCGCCUCCGCGCCAUCUGGAUCGCCGACGCCGCUCACCAAGGCCAGAGCGGCAUCCUCAACGCCGCCUCCCUCGGCAACGAUCCCUCCUGGCUCGACUACGCCCGCGACAUCGCCCACCUCAUCAACACCAUCCGCCCUCCCCGCCCCAUCAUCGCCAUGGGCCACUCCUUUGGCGCAAACGCCCUCGCAAACGUCGCCCUCAUGCACCCGCGCCUCUUCACCGGCUUCGUCAUGCUCGACCCCGUCAUUGCCCGCUUCGCUGCUCCCCCCAAAAGGCAGCAGCUGCUGCCCUCCUCUCCCGAAACGUACGCCAACCCAGCGUCGCUCAGCGCCAUGCGUCGAGAUACCUGGCCUUCUCGCGCUGCUGCCCGCGAGGCAUUCCUCUCCAAGGACUUCUAUCGGGCAUGGGACCCUCGUGUCUUGGACCUCUUUGUCCACUAUGGCCUCCGUGAUGAUGCCGCUGCUGGAAACUCAUCAAAGAACAAAGACAAUCAAAAUCAAACUCACCCCCCCGUCCGUCUAACCACCACCAAGCACCAAGAAGUCUUCACCUUCAUCCGCCCCCUCUGGCCCGCCCUCGACCCCUCCACCAACCUCAUCACCAACCCCUCCCUCGCCCCGGACCACGACUACGAACCAGGAGUCCCAGCCGCAAUGCCCAUCUACCGCCCCGAAGGCAACAACACUGCCGCUCGCCUCCCCCACCUCCGCCCCCCCGUCCUCUACGUCUUCGGCGGCAAGAGUAACGUCUCGCCGCCCCGCCUCAUUCAGGAGAAACUCGACACCACCGGCGUCGGCGUCGGCGGUAGCGGUGGCUCCAAGGCAGGCCGCGUGAAGCACGUCAUCCAUCCGGACAGCGGCCAUCUCGUGCCCCUGGAGAAGCCGCUGUUUUGCGCAACGGCCGCCGCUGAAUGGACCAAGACGGAGAUUGAUAGGUGGUGGGCGGAAGAAGAGGCAUAUGAAGAGUGGACAAAGAAGUCACUCGAGGACAAAUCGACAAUAGAUGACGAGAUGAGGAGGCGCCUUGCACCACCCAGCAGUAAAAACAGCAAGGCGAAAGCCAAUCUGUAG